CGAGUUUAUAUGAACAUGCAUUCAAAUAUUGCUUAUAUAUUUUCAGGUAUCAAUUACACAAGUACUGAGGAACAAAGCACAGGAGAAGAACAUUUACAGAAAUGCCUGGAAAAAAUGGAGGAUUUCAAGUUAUCCUUGAAAGGGACUGGCAUAUACCUUGAAGCCCUUAACAAUAUGGGAAUAUUAUUUACUGGAUGGAGAAGGCCAGAGGAAGCUUUAGAAUAUUUCAAGCAAGCAGAAUUACUGUACAUUGACUUUAAGAACGUUAUUGGAGGUGCCCCGUAUAUGGUUGAUGAAUUUCUGUCUCCCCCUACUGAUGACAAAAAUAAGUUAGAAUUUGAGAGAGCUAAAACAUUGGAGAGUACAUAUACACAUACACUAUUUUAUUUUGCUCAGGUUUAUCAGCUGCUUGGUAAGGCAGAUGUAUCUGCACAAUAUUGUCAUUUCACUUUGCAGAGACAGCUUGACUCAUCAGAUCUUGACUCGUUAGACUGGAGUCUUCAAGCGGCAACUUUAUCUCAGUAUUAUAUGACAGAGAGAGAGUUUACAAUGUCUCGUCAUUGUCUUGCCAGUGCUGAAGUCAUUUUUGCGCAAGCUGAAUCAAAUGAUUUAAAUUGUCCUGAUGAGAUAAAAGAAAAAGUUAAUCAAGCAAGAGCAGAUAUUGAUCGCUGCUGGAUCAAAUAUGGACUUGGUUUGCUAGAAUAUUCAAAAGAAAAACAAUUAGAGACAUUAACUUGUCAGUCAGGAGGCAAUGAAGGGGAAAUAACUAUAAGACAUGGAUCAGCAGCAAGUGAAACUCAAAGCAAUACAAGUACAUCAACCAGUAGAAAGGCUAUUAGUAAUGCAAACACUUCACAAAAUGAAAGAUCAGACAGUUGUACUAGCAUUCUAUCAAAUGUUGGAAAUGUCUCUAAAAGCUGUGAAAAUCAUCAAAUGAAAGAAAAUACCAAUAUUGAUAAGGUCAAAGAAAAGGACACUGAAACUAGUCAGCCACAAGAGCAAAAUAACACGGGGUCCUCAGAUGAAGAAAGUGCUGAGGUUGAUAUAAAUGACACAGAGAGUGAACAUGUAGAUGAGAGUGAUCAAAGCCAGCUAGUGCCAAAUGAACACAAAACUGAAAGAAGUAUACUGGAUUUGGAAAAAAAUAGAAUAGAAAGGAAAAAGCAGGUACAUGAAAGAUUUAACCUGGAAACUACAUCAUAUGAGGAAAAGAUAAGUGAUAAACAUGCAAUGAAUUUUGAGCAAGCAAGACUUAUCUUUCUUUUCAUUAAAGACAUGAUUGGAAAAGCAAAAGAAUUUUAUAAGCUAGAGUAUCACUGUCCAGACUAUGUUGGCAUUGUACAAGAUCAUAGCAUGUCUUUCAAACUACUGUCCUAUUUUGAAAUAGAUCUAGAAAGACAGUGCAAGAUGCACAAGAGGCGAAUAGAUAUGUUGACAGAAGUCCUGAAAGAGCUAAGUCUACAGCACUAUCUGUUAGUGUGUCGACAGCUGAUGUUUGAGAUUGCAGACACUUACAGUGCCAUGUAUGAUCUAAAACUGGCUAUACUAGAAGUAUCUGGAGAAGAGGUGCAACCAACUCCCCAUCAUGUGAGAAAGUUAAAUGCUCUUGUAAGUGACAGUAUUAAAUACUACCAAGAAUACCUGAACACUCUUAAAGGGGGUAAACCGAUGUAUCCAGAUGAGUUUCCUGUAAAUGAUGUUAGGCCAGGAUUGGUAGCAAUGUUUUGUAUGGGGAGAUUGUUUUCUAAGUUUUUGACAGGAGAUGUGCAAACUCGCCUUUUGAACAUUAAGAAAACCAAGGAUUGUUACCAGUUUCUUGUUGACUAUUGCGAAAGAAAUCCAUCAGCAGUACAACUUGUUGAAAGCGAGCUUGAGAUAUGUAAAGAAAUGGUCCAACUUCUUCCAGCUAAAAUGGAAAGAAUUCGUUUACAGUCAGAGAUAUAAAGCAUAAUUGGUGUUGAAUGCAUAAUGUUCAUGAAACAAAAUUUGGUUUACAAUAUAUUUCUUAGAUUGCUGUCCAAUUAUUUUGCAAUUUCUCUGUUACCGUUAAUUAAUAAUUGCGUGUAUACAGUGACAUCUAUAAAUUAGGGCUGCAAUGAUUACCAAAUGUUCGAUUCAAUUGAAUAUCAAUUUCAGGCUCCCCAAUUUGAUUAUUAUCCAUUCAAUUCAUGCUUGCUUACUAUUUUGUCUUUAUUGGACAAUUCUGUUGAUUUGCUUAAAAAUGAGUCAUGAAAUUAAGGCCAUAUGAAAUAUGACCUUGACAACCUAAUUCAUUAGACUCAACUGUAUUAUGGCAAAGUUCAAUUGUAUAGAAACAAAAAAAAAAGUCAUAUGUCUCUACACUACUAUUUAGUGUUGUAUUAUAUAAUGCAGUGGCAUAGCAUUUUUAUGCCCCCGCCAUGUAAUGGCCGGGGCAUAUAGUGUUACCCUAUUCCGUCAGUCCGUUCUUCCAUCCUUCCGUCCUUCUGUCAUUCUGUCAUCAUCAGUUUCCGUUCAUUAUCUUAAGAACGGUUGCACACAUUUAACUCAAAUUUGACAUAUGGAUAUGUCAUGAGAAAAUACAGGUCAAGUUCGAAUUUGGUCAUGGUUCGAUGAUUUUUGGCAGAGUUAUGCCCCUUUUAUUUUGAAAAUAAUAUGAAAUUUUCAGUUUCCGUUCAUUAUCUCCCAAACGGUACGACACAUUCAACUCAAACUUGACAUAUGCAUAUGUCAUGAGAAAAUACAGGUCAAGUUCGAAUUUGGUCAUGGUUCGAUGAUUUUUGGCAGAGUUAUGCCCCUUUUACUUUUAAAAUAAUAUGAAAUUUUCAGUUUCCGUUCAUUAUCUCCCCAAUGGUACAACAACAUUCAACUCAAACUUGACAUAUGGAUAUGUUAUAUAAAAAUAUAGGUCAAGUUCAAAUUUGGUCAUGGAUCGAUGAUUUUUGGCAGAGUUAUGCCCUUUUUACUUUGAAAAUUAUAUGAAAUUUUCAGUUUCCGUUCAUUAUCUCCCCAAAGGUACGACACAUUCAACUCAAACUUGACAUAUGGAUAUGUCAUGAGAAAAUACAGGUCAAGUUCGAAUUUGGUCAUGGUUCGAUGAUUUUUGGCAGAGUUAUGCCCCUUUUACUUUUAAAAUAAUAUGAAAUUUUCAGUUUCCGUUCAUUAUCUCCCCAAUGGUACAACACAUUCAACUCAAACUUGACAUAUGGAUAUGUUAUAUAAAAAUAUAGGUCAAGUUCAAAUUUGGUCAUGGAUCGAUGAUUUUUGGCAGAGUUAUGCCCCUUUUACUUUGAAAAUUAUAUGAAAUUUUCAGUUUCCGUUCAUUAUCUCCCCAAAGGUACAACACAUUCAACUCAAACUUGACAUAUGGAUAUGUCAUGAAAAAAUACAGGUCAAGUUUGAAUUUGGUCAUGGUUCGAUGAUUUUUGGCAGAGUUAUGCCCCUUUUACUUUGAAAACAAUAUGAAAUUUUCAGUUUCUGUUCAUUAUCUCCCCAAAGGUACAACACAUUCAACUCAAACUUGACAUAUGGAUGCGUCAAAGGAAUGCGCAGGUCAAGUUCAAAUUUGGUCAUGGUUUAAUGAUUUUUGGCAGAGUUAUGCCCCUUUCACUUUGAAAGUAAUAUGAAAUUUUCAGUUUCCAUUUAUUAUCUCCCCAAUGGUACAACACAUUUAACUCAAAUUUGACAUAUGGAUAUGUUUUUGGAAUGCCCAGGCCAAGUUAGAAUUUGGUCAUGGUUCAAUGAUUUUUGGCAGAGGAAUGCCCCUUUCACUUUGAAAAUAAUAUGAAAUUUACAGUUUCUGUUCAUUAUCUACCCAACAGUGUUACAUAUUCAACUUAAAUUUGACAUAUGGAUAUGUCAAAGGAAUGGGCAGGUCAAGUUGGAAUUUGGUCAUGGUUUGACGAUUUUUUGGCAGAGUUAUGUCCCUUUCACUUUGAAAAUAAUAUAGUUACAUCUUAGGAAUAAGCAGUUUAGGUUUGAAUUUGGUCGUGGUUCAAUGAUUUUAGACAAACUUAUCUUUCCUGAAUGUUGGAAAAAUUUUGAACUUUCAGUUUCAGCACUCAUACUUUUAGCCAUAAUUUUGGCUACAAAUAUGCAAUAUGCUAUUUUUAAAAGGUUAAGACUGAAUAAUUUCAGUGCCUUGAACAUUGUAUGAAAAUGGUUUGUGUUAACAUUUAAAAGUUUUAAGGGCUUUGAACUUAAAAUGAAAAAAAUAAUUAAUGCACCAUCUGAAAUUUUGGCUGCAUGCGGGGGCAUCCGUGGCAUGAUGACACAUUUCUAGUUCACAAAUGCAUAACCAUUAUCUCAACUUAUUUGACUUUUUAAAAAGUGGUCUAUUUGAAAAACAAUUUUAAUCAAAGAUAUGACAGUUAUAUGAUAAGUACAUUUACAGGUCUGACUUUUUAGCUUGACUAUACAAAGUAUAUGGAGAGCUGUCCUACUUGCGUCCGCGUCCAGAUUUCAGAUUAAAGUUUUGGUGCAGUAAAAUAUUUUUCACUAUAACUUUGUCAUUUCAUAAGGUAUCAACUUCAAACUUCAAAUAUAUGUUCCUUAUCAUCAACCACAUCUUAUGUGACAAGGUUCAUAACUCUAGCAUCAAUAUUUUAAGAUUUAUCUCCCCUUGAACUAAGAAUUUUCCUAAGAAAAUAUUAUUUUUAGCUCACCUGUUUCUUUGUGACAGGGUGAGCUUUUGUGAUCGCUUUUCGUCCGUCGUCCAUCCGUCCGUUGUCCGUAAACUUUUACUUUAAAUGACAUCUCUUUAUAAACCACUAAGCCAAUUUCAUCCAAACUUCACAGGAUUGUUCCUUUGGUGGUCACCUUUGAAAAUUGUUCAGAGAAUUUAAUUCCAUGCAGAACUCAACCAAAAGAAAAAACUUUAAAUUUCUUCUUCUAAAAAACCCAAAGAGCUAGAGCUUAGAUAUUUGGCAUGAAACAUCUUCUAGUGAGUGUCUACCAAGUUUGUUCAAAUAAAAGCCCUGGGGUCAAAAUUGGCCCCGCCCCAGGGGGUCAUUGAUUUUCCCUAUAUGUAUAUAAUUAAAACUUAAAAAAUCUUCUUUUAAAGAACCCAAAGAGCUAGAGCUAAGAUAUUUAGCAUGAAACAUCUUCUAAUGGGUGUCUACCAAGUUUGUUCAAAUAAAAGCCAUGGGGUCAAAAUUGGCCCAGCCCCGGGGUCAUUGAUUUUCCUUAUAUGUGUAUAGCAAAAACUUAAAAAAUCUUCUUUGAAAAAACCCAAAUAGGUGAAACAUCUUCUAGUGAGUGUCUACAAAGUUUGUUCAAAUAAAAGCCCUGGGGUCAAAAUUGGCCCCGCCUUGGGGGUCAUUGAUUUUCCUUAUAUGUGUAUAGCAAAAACUUAAAAUCUUCUUUGAAAAAACCCAAAUAGCUAGAGUUUAGAUAUUAAGCAUGAAACAUCUUCUAGUGAGUGUCUACAAAGUUUGUUCAAAUAAAAGCCCUGGGGUCAAAAUUGGCCCCGUCCCGGGGGGCAUUGAUUUUUCCUAUAUGCAUAUAGUAAAAACUUAAAAAUCUUUUAAAGAACCCAAAGAGCUAGAGCUAAGAUAUUUAGCAUGAAACAUGUUCUAAUGGAUGUCUACCAAGUUUGUUCAAAUAAGAGCCCUUGGGUAAAAAUUGGCCCCGCCCCAGGCAGGUCAUUGAUUUUCCCUAUAUGAAUACAGCAAAAAACUUAAAAAUCUUCUUUUAAAGAACCCAAAUAGCUAGAGCUAAGAUAUUUAGGAUGAAACAUAAUCUAAUGGAUGUCUACCAAGUUUGUUCAAAUAAGAGGCCUUGGGUCAAAAUUGGCCCAGCCCCAGGGGACAUUGAUUUUCCUUAUAUGUGUAUAGCAAAAACUUAAAAAUCUUCUUCGAAAAAACCCAAAUAGCUAGAGUUUAGAUAUUAAGCAUGAAACAUCUUCUAGUAAGUGUCUACAAAGAUUGUUCAAAUAAAAGCCCUGGGGUCAAAACUGGCCCUGCCCCAGGGGUGUAAUUGUUUUUAAAUAUAUGUGUAAAGAAAAAACUUCAAAAAUCUUCUUUUAAAAAACCCAACGAGCUAGACCUUAGAUGUUUAGCAUGAAACAUCUAAUGGGUGUCUACCAAGUUUGUUCAAAUAAAAGCCCUGGAGUUUGAACUGGCCCCUUCAGGGCGACUUCAGGGUUAUCAUGGCCCUCUUGUUUUACUGUUACUAAUUUAUUAGUCCCCUACCGGUUUACCGGAGGGGACUUUAGGUUUACCCUCCGUCCGUCUGUCUGUCAGUCCGUCCGUCCACAAAACUGGAUCCCGCGAUAACUUGAAAAGUACUGAAAAUAUUUUUAUGAAACUUGAUAUAUGGGUAGAUGGCAGUAUGGAGAUUAUGCACGUCUUUUUCUUUUCUUCCUAUGUUAAAAAUUCUGGUUGCUAUGGCAACAAAUAGAGUGAAAAUAUGGUAAAUUUUAUACAUAAACUGGAUCCAGUGUUAACGCAAAAAGUAAUAGAAAUAUUUUUAUGAAACUUGUAAUAUGGGUAGAUGGCAGUCUGGAGAUUAUGCACGUCUUUUUCUUUUCUUCCUAUAUUGAAAAUUCUGGUUGCUAUGGCAACACAUAGACUGAAAAUAUGGCAAAUUUUACACAUAAACUGAAUCCAGUGAUAACUCAAAAAGUACUGGAAAUAUUUUUAUGAAACUUGACAUAUGGGUAGAUGGCAGUCUGGAGAUUAUGCAUGUCUUAUCUUUUCUUCCUAUUUUGAAAAAAUAUUGGUUGCCUUGGCAACAAAUAGGCUUAAAACAUGGCAAAUAUAACAAUAUUUGUGAUUAGUCAAAAAGAGCUGAAAAUUUUUAUGAAAUUGCAUCUUUAAUUCAAGAGUUAUCUCCUCUUUAAGAAUUUUGCUUUUAAAAAUAUUAAUUUUUGGUAACAGGGAUGUUUCAAAUAUUAACUUUAGAGUGUCCUUCAGUCCGUCUGUUCAUAAAAACUGUUUCCUGUGAUCACUUUUAAAGAACUUUUCCAACAAAUUUACUUAAAAUAGAGAAAAAUUGAAACAUUAGUGAAUGGCAAAUGGCCCUUCAGAAUGUUGAUGGGGUUCUAACCGGUAGGGGACUUAUGGAUUGCUUGCAAUACUAUGAUAAUUGCUUGUUUCUUAAGGGAUCAACUUCAUACUUCAAAUAUAUGUACCUUAUGAUCAUCCACAUCUUAUGUGACAAGGUUCAUAACUCUAGCACAAAUAUUUUCAGAUUUAUCUCCCCUUGAACUUAAAAUUUUCUUUAAAAAAUAUUAUUUUUUACUGUUACUUAUUUAUUUCUUAAGGGAACAACUUCAUACUUCAAAUAUAUGUACCUUAUUAUUAACCACGUUAUGUGACAAGGUUCAUAACUCUAGCACCAAUAUUGCAAGAAUGAUCUCCCCAUAAACUUAGAUUUUUAAGCCCCCACAAAGUGGGGAGCAUAUAGCGUCGCAUUUGUCCGUCUGUCUGUACGUCCUGAAAUCUUGUGAAAGCAACUUCUCUUAAACAGGAUGGCAGAUUUUGCUUAAACUUCCAGAGAUGAACAACCUUAAUGUGUAGAUGGCAGAAAAGGAAGGAAUUUUCGCUGCGACCAAAUUUAACAGAAUUAUGGCCCUUUGUUGAUUUUUUCACUAUAUACUAUGUAGAAAUUUUUUGAACGCAACUACUCUUUAAACAGGAUGGCAGAUUUUGCUUAAACUUCCAGGGAUGUACAAUCUUAAUGUGUAGAUGGUAGUAAAGGAAGGGAUUUUUGCUGCGACCAAAUUUAACAGAAUUAUGGCCCUUUGUUGAUUUUUUCACUUAAUAAUAUACCAUAUAGAAAUUUUGUGAACGCAACACCUCUUAAACCGGAUGGCAGAUUUUGCUUAAACUUGCAGGGAUGAACAACCUUAAUGUGUAGAUGGAAGUAAAGGAAGGAAUUUUUGCUGCGACCAAAUUUAACAGAAUUAUGGCCCUUUGUUGAUUUUUUCACUAUAUACCAUAUAUAUUUUGUCAUUGGGGGCAUCUGUGUCCUUUGGACAAAGUUCUAGUUUACUUGAAAAAUGUUAUUUCCUACUAUAACUUUUUAAUUUUAAAGGUAUCUACCUCAAACUUCAAAUACUAGUACUUAUUCCUUAUCAUUAAUAACAUUUUAUGUGACAAGGCUCAUAACUCUUGAAGCAAUAUUUACAGAUUUAUCUCUCUUUGAACUUAGGAUUUUCUUUAAGAAAUAUUAUAACUUCUUUACUUUUUAAGGUAUCUACUUCAAACUUCAAAUAUAUAUUUCUUAUCAAUACACACAUGUUGUGUGACAAGGUUCAUAACUCUAGCGUGAAUAUUUCUAGAAUUAUUCCCCUUGAUCUUGGAAGUUUUGUUAACAAUGUUAUUGUUUUACUAUAACUUAACACAUAAUUAAACAUAAUUGAUUUUUC